UGACAUUUAUUUCUCAUGGAUGGCUGCUUGAAAUCAGUGUUGGUGACAUGGUUUAUUCUACUGCAGGUGAUACUCUGCGCCUGGCUGAACAUGAUGGGAAGUGUAAUUCGGAUUUUCAGCAUCCUCGAUUUCCUGGAUCUGGGCUCCCUCAACUUUGUGUACCUGCUUGUGGGACAAUGCCUCUGCGGCACGGCCCAGCCGCUCAUCAUUUUUUCACCCACCAAACUGGCAGCCUUAUGGUUCCCAGAACACCAAAGGGCCACGGCCAAUAUGAUUGCCUCCAUGUCCAAUCCCUUGGGCAUUCUCAUCGCUAACUUGCUGUCACCUGCGCUUGUACAGGGAGGAAAAGAUAUCCCUUUAAUGCUUGGAGUGUACGCAGGGCCUGCUGUCUUCGCCUGUGCCUUAGCCACAUUGGGCGUUCGUGACAAGGUCCCGCCAACGCCGCCGUCAGCAAGCGCUAGCCACUCCAAUUCGCCGUCAUUCUUCAGGGGCUUGAAGAUGCUCCUGCGAAAUACAGCUUACAUCAUCCUGGCCCUUUCCGUCGCAACAGGGAUAGCAAUAUUCACCUGCUUCAGUGCUCUGUUGGAACAGAUCCUGUGUGUUAAUGGAUAUUCAAAUUUCUUUGCAGGUCUGAGCGGCGCCUUGUUCAUUGUGUCCGGACUCAUCGGGGCCUUCUGCCUUGGGCUGUACGUUGACCGGACAAAGAAAUUCACAGAAGCUACCAAGGUCUUUCUCUGUCUGGCUGCGCUGGCUAGCAUUGGAUUUGCAGUGGUGUCUCAGCUGAGAAACCAGACCUAUGCUUUGGCAACCAUCAGCUCACUCUUCGGGUUCUUUGGAUUUGCUAUCUAUCCUGUCGCUAUGGAACUAGCGGUCGAAUGUUCUUAUCCCGUGGGGGAAGGAUCCUCGUCAGGGCUGAUUUUUGUGAUCAGCCAACUUCUAGGUGUUGUGUUAAUGCUUUUGCUGCAAAGCCUGGCUGUGGAAAAGAAGGACGCCCCGUUUUCUACUUGCACCUCAGCCAUCGGCAAAGCACUAGACUGGUCAACUUCAACCCUAAUGAUGGCUGGAAUCUGCAGUCUGGCAGCAUGUUUCUUUGUGGCUGCCUUUCACACUAAUUACAGGAGGAUCUUUGCAGAAGUAUCUCACGACUUCUCCGUCAACAAAUCAGAAGAGGAUGUUGCAGUAACAGCAGAAAAAUGAACUGCUUCUAGCUGAAAUCUGGAAUAACCCAAGUGCCUCAAGAAAACUUUAAGACUUUUGAGACCCCAAGUGCCACAGCUGCACAGUAAGUUACAAGUCUUUGGGAACUGACUGGAGCAAAAGAUGAUGGUUAUCUUAACAGGAAACUUCACACAAGUACAGCCCAAAUUCCCUGCAGCAGUUGGAGAGUGUCUUUUUCAAGACAGAAUGCAGGAAGAGUCUACCCCCAUUAAAAGACAAUUUAAUCCUUAGUGAUGGUGCUGAAAUGUGUAAGCGUCUGAGACUCACUAAGAGUGGCUAUUUUGAUUCUUCCAGUGUGUUACACUCCAAGGGCAAUUCAAUGGAAUAAGCAUAUUUAUACCAACCUGAAUUCUGUGAAAAAAGAAGGGAAUGCAAAUGUUCUGUAACGAUUCAUUUUCAGUAUCUCCCAUCGUUGGGCAACGGCAUAUUUCCUUUUGAUGAAACUUUGUUUGAAAAGUGAUCUAUAAAUGUUUAAAUUAAAUAAAUUAUGUUUCUGACGGUGA